AUGUCAUUUUUCAAUAUUCAAAAAAGAACAUAUCCUGAUGAAAACAAUUUGACACCAAGAAAGAAGCUUAAAUACACGUCCGAACAGACAUCUGAACUUACCUUGACAGCAAAAAAUGAUUACAUCGACAUUUUAAACACACUCGUAAGAAGCGCAUGUUUUUCACAUGAACGCGAAAGUCUCGCCAAGAUUAUUACCGAAGCCCCUCCUGUACAAAAAGAAAUUAAAAUAAUCUCGUAUCAUGUGAACAAUAGGGUUAACGAGUUCACCCCUGAGGCACACCAACCAGAUGAGGAAGAUAACCUUUCUUUAUUGCUUCUUGAUACUUUUAAUGACUUUAAAAAAAAAAAGUGA